AUGCGGCGCGUCCUCCUGCUCGCGCACGUCGCUGUCGCAAUGGCACGACGACCUCCCAUGCUCGGCGUCGCGAUCUCGCUCCCGCCUGCCAACGUCACGACGCUAUGGCCGCCGAUCGAUGUCACGAUCCUCUUCCCGCCCAAUGCCACAACGCUCGCCCCGAACGCAUCGACGAUCGCUCCGACGCCCGUCAUCACCGCACCACCGAAUGCCACGACACCAACUCCGACGUUCGCACCCAACACGUCGACACCGCCCCCGACACCCCGCCCGACGACAGUCCGUCCAACAACGCCACGACCGUCAACGCGACGCCCGACUGUUCUUCCAUCGCCGCCACCAGCGCCGACAACAACACCACCGGUACCCACGCCAACGUCCACGCCCGUGCCAACGAAAACACCGGCGCCCACGACGACGGUGAUGCCUACGACGACGCCGAUCCCAUCGACGACGGUGCUCUCGCCGAGUGCGACGACACGCCCUUUCUCGCCGCCGCCGCCGGCAUCAUCGUCGGAAGCGCUACCAACCAUUGGUCCCUCCACGCCCACGCCAUCGGCGUCCAUCUCCAACCAAGCGAAUUCCAAUAGCUGGACACAGAGCGCUAUGUUCAUCUCGUCCAUGGUCGUUGCUGGCCUCGUAUGUCUCGUCUUCGUCGUCAUCGCCGUCACGCGCCGCCGGAGCGAGCCGCCGCCCCCGCCACCGCGGCCCCACAUGGGUCCCCGGUACCUCCUGCCCCAAGGCCCCGACGACGUCGUGCUUGCGACUGCCACGUUUGGCGCCGACGCCUCCAUGCACCGGCGGCUUCUCCUCGCACUGCACGUCGAGUCGCCCACGGUCCUCGACACUGGCGCCGAGUCGCAGAGCCCGGGCUCCGAGAUCUUUGCGACCGGCGACUGGGACGCCUACGUCCAGCGCACGCAAGCCGAGCAUAUUAUUUAA